UAUUUAAGUGUAACCCAGCUGGCGGCAAGGGCUUUAUUAGUGACUGAGGUUUAUACAUCGAGAAAAAGAACCCAAUAAAUAUUCAAUUAACUAAUGGGGGUGGCUUAAAACAGUGAGUAAACAAAAACCAGUCAGAGCAAAGCCCCUUCUGUUAAAAAAAAACUGUCUUUUUAUUUUGUCUAGCAACGGUCGAGAUCUUGUAAAAAGAAGAUUUAAAUAAAAUUGAAUAGUUUUCACGUACCGGUGACAAUCGAAAGUGGACUGGGAAUCAUGAUUCACCUUAUUGCAGAGAUAAGCACCGAAAAUCAAAUAUUUUACUCGGUGCUGCUCUUUUCAUGGACCGUGUAUCUAUGGGAGGCCUACCUGGCCCAAAGACAGCGCAAGACGUACAGAGACACCACACUGGUCCCUGAAGAAUUGGGAAAGAUUAUGGACUCUGAAACAUUUGAGAAAUCUCGUCUGUACCAGCUAGAUAAAAGUACUUUUGGAUUCUGGUCUGGUCUUUAUUCUGAGACUGAGGGAACACUUAUCCUCUUGCUUGGUGGAAUUCCCUUUCUAUGGAGUGUAUCCGGGCACAUUAUCGGACGUUUUGGUCUAGGACCUGAAUAUGAAAUAACUCAGUCCUUGGUGUUCCUAUUUCUUGCAACAUUAUUCAGUGCAGUCACAGGUCUCCCAUGGAGCAUUUACAACACCUUUGUCAUUGAAGAGAAACAUGGUUUCAAUCAGCAGACUUUAGGAUUCUUUUUUAAGGAUGCUUUGAAGAAGUUUGCAGUGACUCAGUGUAUAUUGCUUCCUGUGACCUCACUCCUUCUGUACAUUAUUAAAAUUGGUGGGGAUUAUUUCUUCAUUUAUGCUUGGCUUUUCACAUUGAUUGUUUCUCUGGUUUUGGUGACUAUUUAUGCUGAUUAUAUUGCACCACUGUUUGAUAAAUUCACUCCGCUUCCUGAUGGAGAGUUGAGAGAGAGUAUUGAGGAAAUGGCCAAGAGUAUCAGCUUUCCCUUAACCAAGGUUUAUGUAGUGGAGGGAUCAAAGAGGUCAUCUCACAGCAAUGCGUAUUUUUAUGGCUUUUUUAAGAACAAGCGUAUUGUUCUGUUUGAUACGCUCCUUGAAGAUCAUUCCCCAUUAAAUAAAGGGACAGUUGAUGAGAACAUUGAAAUACAGACAGCUGCAGGAGAUGGAAGUGAAACUGAGAACACCGAAACUAAAGUAAGACCAAAGAAUAAGAGGCAGGGCUGCAGUAACCAAGAGGUUCUAGCAGUGCUUGGUCAUGAGCUUGGGCAUUGGAAGUUGGGCCAUACUGUGAAAAACAUCGUUAUUAGUCAGGUGAACUCUUUCUUCUGCUUUUUCCUGUUUGCUGUUCUCAUGGACAGAAAGGAGCUUUUCUCUGCUUUUGGUUUCUAUGAUACCCAGCCUACUCUUAUUGGGUUGAUGAUCAUCUUCCAGUUCAUUUUCUCUCCCUACAAUGAGGUGCUAUCCUUUAGCCUGACUGUAUUGAGCAGGAGAUUUGAAUUUCAGGCUGAUGCAUUUGCAAAGGAUCUGGGAAAAGCCACAGACCUGUACUCUGCACUAAUAAAACUGAACAAGGACAACCUAGGUUUUCCAGUUGCUGACUGGCUGUAUUCUAUGUGGCAUUAUUCUCAUCCACCGCUCCUGGAGAGACUCCGUGCCUUAAAGGACAAGAAGAAGGACUGAGAGAAGGAAAAGGAACUUACAUUCACCUUUAAGAAAUUGGAUAGUUUUUUUUUGUUUCAAUUUUUUUUUAUUUUUCAUUCCAUGAACAGUGCAGAUCUGUACUGGAUGUUUGUAUUAUGGGAACUGGAUUAGGAUCUGAGUGCAUUUAGUUUAUGCACUGACUGCCAGCAGUACAGAUCAAAGUAAUAUUUUAAGUUGUGUUAAAAUUACACGGAAACUUGAAUUAGUUUUUAAUUUAGCACAUGCCUAGUUUAAUGCGGUACAAGUGAAUCUGUAUAAGGCACACCAGCACAAUAUCUAAGGUUCUAAAUCUUUGAAUCUAAGUUGCAUCAUAUGUGAGAUGUUGUCCCAAAUGCUCUUGGAAAUGUUUCAUGUACAUCACAUUCAAAGUAAAAGUGCAACUUUAUAAAGCUUUA